AGUACAGUUUUAAAAUACAGUUUUAAAUGUAUUGGAAGCGUGUCCGGCGCGUCCUGCCCACGCUCUGACAGCAGACCCACAACAAAUGACAGCGCGCCGGGAAAGUUUGUCUUGAAUCUGCGGGGUUAUUGCGCUCUCGGUGUCUCGGACCCUCGGCUCUAAAAUGGCUGGCUGUAGGUCCGAGGAAGCUCCGGCGCUGCUGAGGCAAGGCUGCGCUGUCUCGCCGCCGCUGAAUGUGAAUAUUCUUCUCGUGCGGGUGAUGCGUCGGUGGUGAUGUCCCAGGUCCGAGGGCUGUCAUACGCACACGCGCCAUGAUCUUAUUGGCAUUUCGGACCUAGGACUGUGCGUAAUGGCGUCCUCAGCGGACACUGCUUAUCGAUUUAUCCCCAGACUGAAUAUGGAACGGGUUUCUUGAGCAAAGAAAAACGGAAUAUGAAUUCUGAGCUGAGGCGAAUUUAGUGAUGAACAGAAUUGCUUGUGGGUGAUAGAAGUAGGAGACAGGGAAUAUCAUUUCACUCACACAUGUCGGACCCUGCUCUGUUCCGCAAUAUAAAUAGGUAUGCCCCAAAAUGGAUUCUCAGUUGGCUUCAGUCCUGACCAGUGGCAGCCUGGAUGUCCAAAAUGGCAGCCAGUGUGCAGGAGGAUCAGGGUCAGUGAAAGAGGCUUUUGUGGGUCCACAGGAGAAAAGCUCACUCGGUACUGCACCAGGUAACCUCCAGCCAUGCCCUGUCACAGCAGCGGGGACCAUCACCAGACAAGAUGCUGCUUCACUCAAUGGGAAACAGCCAGAGGUGGGCGGGGAUUCAAAGCCAGCCUCUCAGGAAACAAGUAAGAUUGGUGGGUUCAGGCAGCCAAUUACAGUCAAGACUGGAGUGCCUGUUCUGCGGAGCCAACCAAUCACAAUCAAAAUUGUUGUUCCUCCAAGAUGCAAGAAGCCAAUCACAAACUCUGCCAUCAGCUUGACCAAAGAGUUUCCUCUCUCACAUGCGAGGCGGCCUGUUUUAGUCUCAUCUGGAGCCGUGAGCUCAGAAAAAAGAAGUCAAAUGAAAGCAUCUGCUGUUACAAAUGAAGGAGAGCUCAAGGAAGUCCUUCCUCAAAAGAGUGAAGAACCUGAAGCAGAAUCAUUCCACGCCACAGGGGCUGAACGAGGGGAUACACUGCACAACGAGAACUGUGUUUUAGAAGCUGAACUCAUUAACAGCAUGCAGUCAGACACGGCUUUAAUCUCCAGCAUGAACACACUUAAGUUACUGAGGGGGGUUAUAGAGGACGCUGCAGAGAGAGACACUGAGACAAAUAUCCCUGUCAUUUUCAAAGAAAUUGACUUGGAGACUUGUAAGUUAUUUGCUGAGGUGGACAUGGUGGAACAGAUGGAACCACUGGACCUGAGUUUGCCCAAAAAAAGAGAGGCUCAUGAGAGCAGGUGUGGCCACGUUCUGGAUGAUUCUGGCUGUGAGACGUCUCUGAUAAUGGAGGUGGAUGAAUAUGAGGGAGAUGGAGACAGAGACAUAGUAGAAGAGGAUGUUGAUAAUGAAGAAGAGGAAUGUGUGCUGCAUACGGGUGGCACAGAUGCACUUGAGGACUCUCUUCUGUCUCCCUCUUUCUUUUCCACAUCUGUCUUUACCUCCCUCUCAUCCAUAAAAUACGACACUGAAAACGUUCUCCUUAUAGACGACCAGGGAAUCCCGUAUACGCUCAGCCCAGAUGGACUUAAAGUGCCGCAGGUCGAUGCUUCCACAUCAGCGGAUCCUCAGUCUGAUCAGGCUAAUUCAGCAGAGGUAGAAGAGAAGGGGUUGUUGCAGUUAGAAGAUCAAAGCCUCAGCCAAAGCUCAAACAAUGCACUAAAUGCACCUUCUGAUAUUUCCCCCUUACUAACCCCUGAUACUGAGUCACCAUCACAACUUGUUGAUCGGACGAAACCUCCAGAAGUCUUCAGUUCGAUCAUAAACUCAGAUCCCUCAAAGGCCACAGAGCCAAACAUCAAAGCUGUUCAGGAGGUGAAUGCUGCUCUGUCCUCUUCCUCUGGGACAUCAGUCCCAAACCAGGCCAUUCAGAUCCUCACAAACCCUUCAACCAAUGCUCCCAUUCUCCUCCUGUCAUCGCCCUCUUCCACUCCUCAGCUCUCCUCUGCUCCAUUGGGUCUCUCGCUCCCCCUCUCGGUCACUCAGACCUCACCCGGUGCCUCCACCCCCAUGUUUCUUCUUCUCUCCACCACGCCCUCUUCCUCCAGUGAUCCUUCAGCCUCUACUGCCACCCCCAUCGCUGUCCUUGACCCCUCGACAGGUCAGCUGUCCCAGAUCACGGCGGCAUCAACCUCCAUCUCCCUCUCUUCAUCCUCUGGUCAGGUCAGCUCACUGGGUUCCCCUCUGUCCACACUCCCUCACCCCGUCAUCAGACUGAGUGCCAACGACUCGCCUGUUAUCUUGUCAGGAGUGAACGGCAUAAACCCCGGGUCUCUUCUCACCUCUCUUGCUGUCCCUUUGCCCACUCCUGCUGUCCAGAGUGACCACCACAGCAUGAACCCCGCCCUCCACGCUCACGUCAGCUCCUCCGAUUCAAACCCCGGAAGUGAAGCCAUAUCUGCUCAAAAGGUCUCAAAUGAAAACGACAAGCCAUUGACAUUUGCUGAAUCCUCUGCACAUGCACAGCCAGCGAACUUGACCUAUGAUCCCUUGACUCAGCCCAGCUCAGAGGCAGACGUCCAGUCACCAGCCUCAGAGUCCGUAACCGACUCCUGUGUCCUGCCUUCUGAGCAUUUACCUCUGGAUGACCAUCUUUACUUUUCAAAUAUGGCUGCUCCUCCCUCCCCUCCCAUAAUCCCCUCUGGUAAGCUGGACCCACUGAAUCCGCUGGAUCCUCCCUCUCCCAACGCCAUGGGCUCCCGCCGGGUGCUGUACUGCCAGCUGUGCCCGCGGGUUUUCUUUUACCUCUCCGACCUUGAACGCCACGCCAUCACUCACUCGCAGAAGAAGCCUCACGUGUGCCAGCAGUGCGGGAAAGCCUUCAAACGCUCCAGCCAUCUGCAGAGACACAAGCAUAUCCACACAGGCCAGAGGAACUUUGUGUGCCCCAUCUGUGCUAAACGCUUCAGGGAGGCUGGUGAGCUACAGCGCCACCAAAGGGUUCAUACGGGAGAGAAACCUUACCAGUGCCAACUUUGCCAUACGCGCUUCGCUGAGCGCAACACGCUGCGGCGGCACACCAAACGAAAACAUCCUUACCACCAAGUAGCCAUGGAAAUGCUGAAUGAGAGGAAAGACAGGGGCGGCGGCGGCGGUGGCGGCGUAUCACAAGUGCAAGAGGAAGAGGACAGUGCGGAGUGGUACAGCUCCACGGUGUCCAACUUGGACAAUUCCGAGUCUGAGAUGGAAACUUAAAAAGUUGGGACAGAAGUGUUGUCGACGCUAAAAUGUCCACACAUCAAUUUACAUCAAAGACGGGAGCACUUGCAAUAUUUACUUAUAUUUUUGAAUCACCAAUUUAUUUAUAUGAAUGUAUAUUAUUCUCAUUCCAUUUAAUGGGCCAAAAAAUACUGCCUUUAAUAUCAUAUGAUUUUAAACUAGCUUUCCCAUAUGGAAAAAGUCCCAAUGAAGUUGCAUUCCCAAAAAUUCUAUGAUGAAGUCCUGAAGUUCUCAGAAAAAGGGUAACUUGUUUACUCUAAGCUAUUAUGUGUAUAUAAAGUAUAAAGAGUUCUAUUUGUAAGAGCUGCACUAUCUUAUGUGAAAAGAUGUGAUCUAUAUUUCUUACUGUCUGAGACACUGUGAGUCAUUUGCACUUUGUUUUAUUUGAACACUAUAUUUACCUUCUUUUUUUUAAAAUUGUGAAUGAAGAUGCUUACUGUUUUGUUGCAGCUGAUUUAAUGUAUUUAAUCCGUAUUAUGUAAGAGUUUGACCAAAUAUUUGAGUUAGUGCAACGUAAACACUACAUUCGGACGUUUUAUUUGUAUUAUUUUAACUUAUUUGAAAAGAACUUUGGCUGUAAACUUUAACUAAAUGUUUUUUUUGUU